ACAUCUGAAACGAAGUCAGGCAACUGCUGCAUCAAGAGGCUAGAACGGCGAAAAGACAAGUUCAGUCGCCCAUCGCACACCAAACCUUGUCCCCGGACAGCGGCUGCCACAUCGCUGUCACUAUUCAUUUACCAGGGAUAGCUCCGUACGAGAUACCGGACGUCUCGCAGGAAUCAAGACUGAGGGAUAUCUGAUACGGCAGAAUCAGGAUGCCCAGUUUCUUUGUCUUACCGCGCGAGUUGCGUGACAUGAUAUAUACGUCUGUCAUCACCUGGUCGCUCCCACAGCCUCGUCGUGAAGACACGGAAGACUACAGAUGGCGGCACAUUCGGACGUCCGGAAGCAUACUUUCCGGCGAGUACGGCUGCUCAUACUCAACAGACACAGUGCCAGGCACAUGCGCCAACUUGCUUGCAUGUAACCGGCAAAUCAAUCACGAGCUAACCCAAGCAAUCGAGAGAGCCAAGAGAAGAGGAACGCUGGUUGCCAAGCUUGAUUGCAUCUCUGUAGAUGAGAGCAAGCACGCGUUCUCAUGGCUUUCGUUGCCAAUUGUAACGAAUAAGCCAAAUGAAGACGGAGGAAAAACCAUGCUCGCAAGCUGGGCAGAGCGCCUCCUCGGCACUCCACACAGAAUGCUCAAUAUCGGUGGCAGAGGCCCCAAAUCUAGCUACGGUACCUCAACGACCAUACUUGAGAAUCUCUGGGUUGACAUCCGUCUUUACGGCAACCGCACUGCGAAGUGGUCAUCAAAUCAAUGUCCGCCUGAGCGCACAUCUUGGGCGGUGGGCGCUGCUUUGAAAAGAUUAUUCGACGGCGAUACGCUGAUGCGUCCCAUCAAUGCCAGCUCUGCACCUGGACCCUCCUCAACUAAUGUUGCCAUUGACGAGCUCGUACUUAAUGUCGUCUCCUCGAAAACGCCGAAGAAUCUAUGGCUACCUGAAGAUUACCCUCUUGAUGUUGCAACCUACGGGGUUGUUCAUCCGCAGACUGUAGCCAAGGAACUCCUGGAUAUGUGGAAUAUCAUUUGGACCGGCGAUGACUUCAAGGGCGCGCAUUACCGUGUCUUGCUGGAGCGGAUCAAAAGAGUCAAGAUCUGCAUUGAUGGAGAGACCUGGCGCGUCCGAGAGCUAGGAAUGGAGUUGGAGAGAGGGCAAGCGGAGCGGAGAAGAAUCGCCAUGAGGGGCGUUUGGUAAAUCUCCGCUUUGCGCGUAGCGGGCGUUCUUAUUUCGGCGGCAUAGACGUGGUGACUGUGGAGGCUCGAUUGAAGUUGCGAUAGCGUUCGGGUAGAGCGGUUCAAACGGCAGCU